UCCACUCUCUGUCAACAGGCAGCACCGUAUUGCGUCGCCCGAUUGCCGAAUCAGAUGAUCAAGUUGGGAUGGCAGAUACGGAUUUUGAAGUAUUAAACUUGCUGUUGAAGGCUAACUCAAAAGAGUUUGUGGUCCAGUUAUGUCAAGAGGCAUAUACGUACUACAAUGCGCUAAGUUAUCCUGACAAGGUAAUCCUCAACACAGCGAAUGUACUUGGAGUCGACCAUGCUGAUAGCGUGCAGCUUUUCCAUUCAUUAGGAUGUCUGAUUCAAUAUGCAUUGUAUGUGGGCUGUUCAAGUGUUGCAUCNNNGAAAACAAAGAUGGCACUGCUUUUUAAACCAAAAAAAAUAAUUAUUCUUGUAUCAAUUUUAGAUGAUUUCCAUAAAAACCUCAAAGACCUACUAUCAAAAAUCAUAGCUGAGUACUUACCAACUUGGCGAAAAAGUGCUGUGGAUAACCACGUGUCCUUACCACGAUUAACCGACUUUGACUGGCGUGUUGACGUUAAGACAAGUUCAGAUUCAAUAUCACGAAUGUCCGUACCAACCUGUAUCCUCAAACUGAAGACACGUGAGAAUGUGAGAAGCGGUUCGGAAGUCAACUGUGAUUCAUCCGUGGACUUAGAAUUAAAUAAGGAGACACUGGACACUAUGCUUGAUGCAUUAGGAAAAAUCAGAGAUCAACUUGACUCAGUCGUUACAAAGAAAUAGACAACGACGACAUCAAUACCGUUCAUUCAGUUCAAGAGUUUAAAUUAACUACUGUUCAUUUUUCAUAAUCGUUUUCCUUCUGUAAUUCACCAAUGUGAAAAUGCGUGGCGGCAUAAUGAUCAUAUUUCAGCGAUGCCGUAAGUAAGAUGUAACCUGUGCUUGUUGAUGUCAGGGAUACUAAAAGUUUUACAUUGAACAACAAAUAUUUUUGCAGCACAACAUAAUAUAUUAUAUGAUGAUAAUGAAUUUCAUAUAAAGGAUGAAUAGGAAUGAAUAUAUUUUAGAUUAUACAUAAAUCUAUAUAAGAAACAAAUAUUGUAAUUUCUUAAAAUAUUGUUAUUAUUACUGCUACUAUACUACUGCUCCAGUAAUGUUAUAGUCAGUGUGAUGAAAGAGUGGCAUAUUUAGGAGUUUUAAAAUUGGGGUAGGGGCUGAUGGGGGGGCUUGAUCAUAAAAUGAGGGGCACUAGCUUGCAAAAUAUUGUGAUAUGAGGUGAUUUUUAGCUACUUGACCAUACUUUUUUCCCUCAAUUCCAGUUGGGUAGGGGAGCUGACGACUGGAUGUGGUGGGGGAAGGUGUUCACAUCCUGUGCUUCCUCUAGACACACCACAGCUUGAAAGUUUGAAAAAAACUGGACAAUUGGUACUAAAAAUAUGCGGUAGUUGUUGGGACAACGGUUUAGUUAUCAACCUUGAAGUGGGUUUCUUAAGCGUUGCGCUGUUCAUUUUGCUUUUGUUGGCACUCUAUGUUUGCCUCUCUCUACCCAAGAAGUACAAAUAGGUACCAUGGUAAGAAAUUGAGGCAGAAUGUAUUUGUUUGCACAAUGCAGCACAAGUAAGUGGAGAUUGCACUUUAUAUGGAUCUAUUGACCAAUGUUAAUAACAUUUCAAGAGCCUUGUUUUUCAAGCCAAAAGGGGUGGUACAGUAUAAACAAAAUUCUGUAUUAAGUAACACAGAAAAUUCUUUUCUAAAUUUGCAAAUUGUGUAGCAAAUAUGAAUAGUGCCACAAAUUGGCAAAAGAAGGUCUAGUAAAGUUUAAAAAUUGUCUCAUUUUUUAAAUGUCAUAUGUAGAGGAUAAGUCUGGAAUUGUAUUGUACCACGCAUUAAGUUGGCCAUACGCAUUAUGGAUUGCUCCCUUAACGUGCGUUAAUGUGAGGUAUUUUUUCCAUCUACACAUUGUGUAAUGUACUAAGAAUACUGUAUAAUAAAAUAACGUAAAGAGGAGUGAUUUGGAAAUAAAAUGAAAUAAAAAAAAGAAAAGUGAAAAGAAGAAACUUA